AUGGCCACGAUGGACGGGCCGGAGGUGUACAGGGUCAGGGCGAUAAGCCGGCGCCUCAGACGGCUCCUACGGGACCCCCCGGGUAACGAUAAUACCCAUAUAAAAGAACAGAUUAUGCUGGACCUGGCUGCCCACGCGGGCUGGCACCAGGAGGUCCUGUGCGCGUUGGAGUGGGUGAAGCUCGCCCUGUAG